UGGUUGCGCAGCCUCCAACAGAUGUUGCUUCCGUGAUGCAUUGAUUUGCUGGCGAUUCCACAUCACAUGGCAGAGAUGAAGAAUUGUGCGGACAACCCGGAGCCUGUGGAGGAUAUCCAUGGAGACGGGCGUUGGAUGAGUCAGCAUCUCCGGUUUAUUGCGGAAGGAAAAGAGAGAGAACCAGAUGUCCUCUUUAUUGGUGAUUCAAUUAUCCAGCAGAUGAGGUUUUCCAAGGUUUGGAAGAUGUUGCUGGAACCCCUCCACUGCCUUAACUUCGGUAUUGGUGGAGACCAGACACAAAACGUCCUCUGGCGGGUGUCAAACCAGGAACUGGACAAUGUUUCACCAGAUGUGAUAGUCCUCAUGGUCGGUACAAACAACCACGGCCACAAUGCUGAGCAAAUUGUCGACGGAAUCAUGGCAAUCGCGGAAGUCGUUCGAACCAAGCAACCAAAGGCACAACUGAUCAUCAUGGGUAUUCUACCAAGGGGACAGAACCCUAACCCACUGAGGAUAAAGAACAGCAAGGUGAAUUCUCUACUCGAAGCAAAACUACGCUGUCGUGAAAAUGCAACAUUUUUCGCUGUGGAUGAUGAAGUGUUUGUUGGCAGUGAUGGGUCGAUUAGUGCAAGCGACAUGUACGACUACCUCCACCUUACUCCCGAGGGGUACACCAAGCUGUGCGAACCUUUACUGGGGGUGGUAGAGGACUUGUUACAGAUCUUUGUUAAAGUAGAGAAUGUCUCCCUCGACACAGACUCUAUGGCCGGGGAACUUGCCUCCGACACGCAAUGAACUGUCCGCUGUUACA